CUCAGGACAAAAGCUUCCCGUUUAAUGUUCUGCGAAUCUGCGGAGCCUACAAUCUUACUAUUGAAAAGAAAAUUUCAGCAAAGUCUAUUUUUGGAAAGAUAAUUUCAGACUGAUCCGGACAUCCAUCAACCCUAAUCAGACUCACGCCCAUCUCCUUCCCCUCAUCAUCCGGCCUUUCCUCUCCGUCGUUAUUUUCAAAGAAUGCCUUGCGGUAUAAGGGCGAUUGUGCCACCGGUAAGGCUACUCAAAUAUGAUUUUUCGAAGGUCUGCCCCUGCAACGAAUGUUCAUUGAAGACAAAGGCGAUUGUGGAAUUUGAGAACUAUCUACACUCUAAAUUUGCCCAAAUCCAGGAACCUUAUACACAACUGUUUUUUGAUAUCGAACGCUUUACGUCUCUUUUAAAUGCCUUUUGGGAGACAACAAAGACAUGGACUUGCCUUCAACAUAGCCUUAAAAGUCUACACGAGAAGUCCGGGGUCUCGCACACAAGAAGUAAUUCUGAAGAACAUAUAAGAGAUGUAUUGAAUCAAACUGGUACUUUCCUGGUAAAUGAAGGGGAAUUGGAUAACUUUGUGCUUCAAGAUGAAUGUGAGGGUCAUGAUAAUAAACCCACUCAUCUUGAUGAUAAAAUACGUGUUAUGCAUUGGUGGUUCGAAUCCACCAAAUUUAAGGAUGUUGUGCAUGACAUCCUCAGGAAGAUGAAAGAGCUUGAAAAUCAAAAACAUAAAGAUGGGAAGUCUGCUGAAGAAGGAAAAAUGUCUCUGAACCUUUCAAACUCUAAGAAGCACUUGGAAGACCAAAUGAAGCUUUUUAAAGGGUUUCCAUUUGAAGAUAUGCACGUAGAAAUUAAAUUGCUUUUGAGGAGAGGAGGUACAAAAUAUCAAGACUUGGUUGAAGACGCUAUGGAAGCAAUCUGGAAGACUUAUUGUGCCCGGGUUGCUAUUAGAGAGAGGUUUCACGAACAAUCUGAAAUGAUCUCUUGCCACCCGUGCAAAAUGGAUAGGGAGAAACACCUGCCGAAUGAAUUGGGAGAUUUUCUGGAUCAUUUACUCAAUCAGGCCAAAACAUUUAGAGAAGUGUGGGAUCGUAUCGAUGAAAGACUCUUUGGUCCAUCUGAAGAACCAGACCCUAAGAGACAAAAGUUAUAGCACUCAGAGCAAACGUGCUCUAAUGUAAAAUACCGAUCUAGGAAGACUGAUCUAGGAAGAUAAUGAUCGAUUUGAAAGGUGGUGCCAAGACUGAUCUAGGAAGAUAAUGAUCGAUUUGAAAGGUGGUGUGGCACGAUGAGUUAACGUGAAAGACCUUGACUAGUUAUAUACGAAGUAUAUAUACUUGAGUUAUUAACGUCAGUUUAAAUUUGAGUAAGUCUCUUUUGUUAAUGUUUAUCUAUUAAUCCUAUUAUAUAUUUUUAUGAGUUACUUUUCAGUGUAAACAAUUGUUAUACUUUUUAAUCUUUCGGAAUAUUAAGACAUUAAGUAAUUAAGUAAUUGUAAUGUGUGUUGCCUUUACAUUGUGUAGACUGUACAGUGUCAGAGUGUGGCUGAAAUAUUAAUUGAACAUUGU